ACCCGGGGAGGAGAAUUCAUUCCUACUGGGCUCUCUUCUCAGACAGAGCUCAAAGACCUAGCUAGCAGACACUUUGUGUGCGCAUCGGGGAGAGAGAGGGAGAGAGAGCAGGCUAAAUGAGUGUAAUUAUACCUCUCUAGUUGAUCCGGAAGGUUGUUUUGCCACCUAGCUCGUCAUGUGAUUGCCCCUGGCUUCAUAUGCUUAGGUUUUUUUCUGUACACUUGAUUCCCAGCCCAGCAGUAGCCUACAUACCAUCGCAGAGAAGCCAAGUAGGACUUGUAAUCUAAUACCAGUGGCGCGUUUUUUAGUAGGUUAGGGCUGUUGCGUUCCAAAAAGGUGGUGGACCCGACACAAGCUUCGUGUGGGGACUGUCACUUUAACUCUCGGUCUAACGAAAAAGGCAACAGCCGAACGCAAGUAGACCUGACACCUUGUUUUUUUGUCGGAGACGUCCCGAGAAGGAGUGUCUCACUCCCAAACCGGUCUGUUCCCGUAGUGAUCUUUUCAAUCCCGCUACAAAGAAGAGGAUUUCAAGGAAUAUAAUACAUGCGCAGAUUAAAAGGUCUCAAAGGCUGACCUGACAAUGGGAUCUACAAACCACUGAAGUGGCUCUGACAGAAGAACAGGGGAAACAGGAGAAAAGAAAAGGAGAAAAACACUAAACAAAAGGAGAGGGGACUCUCGGAGAGAGAAAGAGCCCUUAUUGAAAAGAAAAGCGGAGGUGGGCUCAGGGAGGAUCAGCUUUGUCCAUCGGUGUGGGGUUGGGGGUGCAUGCUUGUCCUCUCCAGUGGGUUUCUUCCUUUGUGAGAGAGAGAGAGAGUUAACAAAAGACACAGAAUGUGCAAUAAACAGAGAGGAGAAUGUCGACCGGCGGAGGAGGCUGGAGCGGCGAUGCCUGGUCUGGGGAGGAGAACCAGUGUGGUACUACUACUGGCUCUCCUGGUAGCCAUGGUCCAGGGACAGGUGGUGGUAAUGGGGGACAUGCUGCUGGAUGGACCCGGGGAGCUGGAGGCCUCUAUGCACUCGUCCAUACUGUCAGACUUCCAGGAGGUGGAGGCAGCGGUGGCGGCUGCAGUCUAUCAGGCUGAAGUAGGAGCAGGAGGAGUGUCAGGAUUCCCCGACUCGUCUGCUGUGGUGGGCCGGGUGUUCCAGAUGAAGGUCCCGUUGAAGACGGACUACACCAGCAACACUAAGAUAACUGAGUCAGGCAAGGAGACGCUUCCAGCAUGGCUGCACUGGGACUGGAAGAGCAACAUCCUACAGGGUCUACCACUGGAGGAGGACAAGGGUGUCCACUACAUCGCCGUCUCCACAUCCAACGGCAGCCAGGACAUCUUCUCCAUUGAGGUGCACCCAGAGGAACACGCCGACCCGAUCCAGCUAGCCAUUCAGUCAGCAUCCAACAAUGAGGUCAAGCCGUUUGUCUGCGGCACAGAGGAACCGGUGACGGUGCUCACGGUGAUUCUGGAUGCCGACCUCACCAAGAUGAGCUCCAGGCAGAGGGUGGAGCUGCUGAGUAAGAUGAAGAAGUUCUCUGGCGUGGCGCUCCAGCACAUGAAGAUACUUCCCGUGGUCAACAACAGAUUGUUCGACAUGACCGCCUUCAUGGCCGGACCGGGAAAUGCCAAAAAGGUGGUGGAGAACGGAGCCUUGUUAUCCUGGAAGCUGGGUUGUUCCCUAGACCAGAGCAAUGUCCCCAACAUCAGCAGCGUCCAGGCACCGGCGAAAGAAGGCACUAUGUCUGCUCAGCUGGGAUACCCUGUGGUCGGUUGGCACAUCGCCAACAAGAAGCCUCAUAUCCCCAAACGGGUGAGGCGCCAGCUCAACAAUACCCCUACCCCUGUUCUUGUUGUGCUUCCCCCAACGUCUGUUGUCGAGCCCCCUAUUCGCAUUGUACCCACCCUGUCGUCACCUGCCAUUGCUGCCCCCACAGACAGCUCUGCUCCACCCAUGAGAGGACCUGUGCCCUUGCCCAUGAAGCCCACGAUCCGUGUCAGAGACUCAUAUGCCCACACUCCCACUCAGGGUGCACCCCUGCCAACCAGAGUGAUGGAGUCCACUAGUACCAUCUCCAUUCAACCCACCCUGACCAGGCAUACUGUUGUGGAAGCCACACCGACACUCCCUCCACCCACCACAGUCGCCACCAGAAAGCCAACCAAGAAACCAAAGAGACCGAAGACCACUCCGAUGCCAAGGGAGCCCAAGACCACCACAGUCAAACCAGCCAGGCGCACCACCCCUUCGUCCAUCGUGCCUGACCCAAGAAAUGAGAAACCAGAUCUCCGCAACCCCAUCGAUCAGGUCAAUGCCUUCGUGGGCACAUAUUUUGAAGUGAAAAUCCCAUCCGAUACAUUCUUUGACAAGGAGGACGGUACAACAGACAAACUAAGGUUGACUUUGAGGAUGAACCACAAUGAAGUUGUCGGGGAUGACUCCUGGAUACAGUUUAAUAGCACAAGCCAGCUGCUGUACGGUCUUCCAGACUCACAUCACGUUGGGAAGCACGAGUACUUCAUGCAGGCCACCGAUAAGGGUGGUCUGAACGCGAUCGACGCCUUCGAGGUCCGUGUGAACCGCUGGGCAUCCAACGAUAAGUCCCCGGUCCUGUUCCAGGCCCGCUUACACGGAGAACCUCGCAUGGUGACCAAUGACAUCCACAAGAAGAUUCUGCUCAUCAAGAAGCUGGCAUACUCGUUCGGUGACCGCAACAGCAGCACGGUCACCCUGAGGAACAUCACCAAGGGAUCCAUCGUGGUGGAGUGGACCAACAACAGCCUCCAGCAGAACCCCUGUCCCAAGGAGCAGAUUCAGACCAUGUCCAGGAGGAUCUCUGACGCCCAGGGAAGGCCCUCCCAGACCUUCAUCUCCGCCAUGGAACCGGACUUCAUACCCAUCAGCAUCAAGGUCAAAGGAACGGGUGCGUGCCGGAACUACAUGUUUGUCCCGCCUGGUGAAAUCACUAUCCCUAUACCCCCAGCUGUCACGCCGGCGCUGGGCACCGGACGCCAGAGCACAGACGACGUCUACCUCCACACGGUGAUUCCGGCCGUGGUGGUGGCGGCCAUCUUGCUGAUCGCUGGCAUCAUCGCCAUGAUCUGCUACCGCAAGAAGCGCAAGGGCAAGCUGACCAUCGAGGACCAGGCUACCUUCAUUAAGAAGGGGGUGCCCAUAAUCUUCGCAGACGAGCUUGACGACUCCAAGCCGCCUCCGUCCUCCUCCAUGCCCCUCAUCCUGCAGGAGGAGAAACCCCCUCUUCCCCCACCGGAGUACCCCAACAUGGCCAGUCCAGAGACCACCCCUCUGAACCAGGACCUUCUGGGUGAGUACACGGCUCUGAGGGACGAGGACCCCAACGCGCCCCCCUACCAGCCCCCGCCCCCCUUCACCGCACCUAUGGAAGGUAAAGGAUCUCGUCCAAAGAACAUGACCCCUUACAGAUCCCCACCACCUUACGUGCCACCCUAAGGGUUUAGCAGGCUCCUCCAGAGAAGGAGGAGGGAAGCAGGGGGACUUGUAACGGUCUCAAUUCAGUGUCUGUUUGGAAAUAAGGGGUGGGAGGAGGAGGACAAAGUGGGAACAAACUUUGGAUUUUGGGUUGGGAGGGUUUUGGGGUGAUCUGAUUGAGUCUGAGUUGAAGUUGUUGGAAAGAUGGGAGGGAGAACUAGAUGUUAGCCGCGGCGACAGUAGCCACAAAAAGGACACUAUUCAGUCUGUCGUCUCAUUGGCUACAGCUGAAUGGCUAGUUUGGGAAGACACACCCCUCUGGUCCCAGCGCUUUUGUUUUCUCAGUUUGAAACUAAAUGGGCGUUGGUUUUAAUUUAGUUAUUUGUUUCAGUUUAGUUUAGUUUUGGGCGGGGGGAGGGGGUGUGUGACUUCAAACGAAAUCAAACGACUUGCUUAACAGCACUCUUUAUGUUAUUUUAUCUUGAAUAAUACAAGAAGAUAAUAAACAAACACACUACAGGCAAAAAGGUUUUUAAUAGAGAGAGAGAGUUCUAUGAAUAAAAACAGAAACAACAUAAUCAUGUGGAUCUGCACCAGCCCUGUAGCCAGACAGACAGACAACACAGUGGCUUGUCGGGCGGUGGGUCAGUGUUUCGAGUCAAUAAGGUUUGCCUUUUAACACUAAUUGUAUAUUUGUAUCCUUAUUCACACAAUGUCUAGUCAAGAUGAUCAUAACAAAGUUAGCCUAAAAAAUCAUUAAAAUGUGUUUAAUAAACGUUCUGUUUGUUUUAUUAGUUUUGUUUUUAAAUCCACUGUAUAUCUGGAUGGUUCUGAUUGACAGACAGACAGACAGACAGACAGACAGACAGACAGACAGACAGACAGACAGACAGACAGACAGACAUGAUCUCUCCCUCGAUCAGAAAGGAACGGUAAAAAAAAAAUAGGUAGACCGAGCCCAGUCAGGACUAAACAAGCAAACAUUACCGUUAGCUAAUGUUAGCACGUAGGGCAACCAUGACAACUGUGAUUCUACAUCAGCCUGGCCCAGUUAUUAUCAGAUGUAUAGUUUUGACUUGAAGCUCAAGGAUUUUUACCUUGCCUGGGUUUCCCGAAGCCACCCAAAAUCAUGCAAGAGGGAAAUACAAUACAAUGUCCCUCUUUGUUAUUAUUAUUUAAAAUGGCUCCCUUAUCCGAAUAUGAUCAUAACAUUGACAAUUUGAAUGCCAUGUUGCCUUUAUGGUGACGCGAUGUGUCUUCUGUAUAUAGCUAUCGAUCGGCCUGUUGAAAUAAUAUUAAGUGUAUUUAUACUUCAAAAAUGUUUGUGUAAAUCAGAUAUGGAAAAAGCCUCCUGCAGUUUAUUUUAGACAAGGAGUAAUUAUUUUUUUAUGUAGUGAUGAUGAUGCUCUUGUUCUCACAGUUUAUGCGGGAAACAGUUCAUUGCUGUUGAGAGUGAUUUAGAACGUCCUGAAAGGGAUGCAAUCUUUAUUCACAACUCAAAGGUCAUUGUAAGACGAGGAGAGGAGAGGAGAGGAGAGGAGAGGAGAGGAGAGGAGAGGAGAGGAGAGGAGAGGAGAGAGGAGAGGAGAGGAGAGGAGAGAUCUGAAGAACAAGAUCACCAGAAAACACUGAACAAAAUGGUGGAUAAAAUCUCUAUCUAAUUUUUUUACAAAGUUUUUGAUACAGCCUCAAAUUGUUAAAAAAAAAAAUAGAGAAAUAAAUAAAUAGUGUAUUGCAAUUGGUUCAAUCUUAGCGUAGAUAAUUGAUUCUUCAAUAUGUACCUUUUCUCAUGGGUCACCUAUUUCAAGUGAUUUUUUUGUAGUUGACAUAUUAUCAAAUGUAUUAUCAUGUUUUUCCCCAUUGAGUUUUGACUUUGAGAGUGACCCUUUGCAAUAAUGUAAGGUGCUGUGGAGGUGAGUGGUCAAUGCAGGUUAGAUGAGUGUACUACCAAAAUGAGUGGUGAUGAGAAAACCCACAUAAUGAUGAUGAUGUACGCACAUAAUGAUGUACACGCAUAAUGAUGAUGAUGAUGAACCCACAUAAUGAUGUGCACGCAUAAUGAUGAUGAUGAUGAACCCACAUAAUGAUUGAUCAUGUGCACGCAUAAUGAUGAUGAUGAUGAACCCACAUAAUGAUGAUGAUGAUGUACACACAUAAUGAUGAUGAUGUACACAUAUAAUGAUGAUGAUGAUGUACCCGCAUAAUAAUGAUGAUGUACCCGCAUAAUGAUGAUGAUGUACACGCAUAAUGAUAAUGAUGUCCCCCCCCCAAAAUGAUGAUGAUGAUCCCCACAUAAUGAUGAUGAUGUACCCACAUGUAGUUUGUUUUUUUGCAAGAUACAAGUGUUGCUUUUUGUACUGUGCAUUUAUCAUGAAAGCCAGUCUCCGUCUAUCUACAGUAUGUCCAGACAAUUCGUCCUUCUUCACACGUUUGAAAUUCUAAUCCUCUAUACAAUUAUCAGAAGGGAUCAUGAUGUGUUACACUGGCACACUGCUGCUGCCAUACCUUAUAAUAUAUAGCUUUAUUUUUAGUGAUGAGCUUCGGUUAUAAUCGGUUUUCUAAAUGCUUUCACUUACCCCUUGAUGAGUCUACAUGUCAUUGUCAACAGAGGUUUCAGUAAAAUGUGUAUCCAUCAUAGAGUUAGUUAGAGGACUCAUCUUUGUAUCUGUCCAAUUAUGGCGUCUAUGAUAGCACAAUUUUCAUGCAAAAAUGGGUUAUAUCCAUGAUGAGUUCUCUAACCACCUCUAUGGGGUCCAUCUAUCAGGUCUGACUGUCUGCCCUUUGAGACUCUGACUCCGGUCACUAUAGCUGGAUAAUAGUCGACUAAACUGGUAUUAUUAAUCUGACUAGAUAAACAUUUGAUCUGGAACCGUGUUGUAAAUCUCCUUUCCAUCACAUUCAGCACCAUGAAAUACAGAUACAGUAUCUUAUUGGUUAAUGUGUAAAUAACUUGCUGACACCUCCUCUGCGUCUCCACACAUCAUCUAGUCACUUCUGCCGUGUUUGAUUUUAGAGGGAAACUGGUGUAAACAGCCCACUGUAUUUCCCAAUUAGAGUUGCUAGUUACUAAAAGACAGAAAGGCAUAGUUUCUGAUGACAGUUACAGAGACUGAUGCAUAUUUUUGAUUGAGAUUCAUAGAUAUGUAGACACCACAAGGACAUUUUCUUUCAGGCCAUUGUUUGUUUAUAUAUAUAUAUAUAUAUAUAUAUAUAUAUAUAUAUAUAUAUAUAUAUAUAUAAAAAAUUGUGGCAUAGUCCUUCAGCAUUAUGGUCACUAGACUAGCAAAGAAUCAGGUUUAGUUAUACUGAGUCAAAUCUUAAAUGACAUAUCCGUAACACAAUUAAGCGUAAAUCUCCCUUUGAUUCCACAAUUAAGAGGAUAUGAUGUCCUGAUUUUAUGUGAAAGCUUAACGGAGAAAAAAAACCAAAGAUGUAAAAAUGUGAAAUAGCAGUCAUUCACUACAACUUGUUCAAAUGCCUUGUUGACAGAAUAUCUUUAAGCUGUCGGUUACAUUUCAGUAUUUCAGUUACAUUUCAGAUGUUAGCAACAGCAUCGCAAAGGAUAUGGAUUCAACACAAAGCCAUUGUUAUUUUAAUUUAGAACCCGAUAGUUGUCCUGAGGGAUACGUUUUGUUUAAGCCGAGGGAGGAGUACACUCCAACCAAGUAGGUUCGAUACGAUUACAGAUAGCUGCCUUUCGGUUUAGGUACGGUUCUUGGACCAUAGAAGGGAAUGAUCAUAUCAUAAAUGGCAUCUGUAUUAUACCAUUGUUUUGUUGUUCUUUCAUCGGCUUCCAUUUUGGAUUCUACUUUCGUCAGCUUCCAUUUCUGCCAAUUUGAAAUUGAAGGAUUGGCGUGUCAAAUCAAAUCAGCCUUAAAUGCAUUUCUUAUUCAUACGCAGCAAGCAGCACUGACUGAAAGCUUCCUAUGCUCUGAGGGGCAGAUUGUACUAUAUUUUGUUGUUUGCUAAAGAGAAUAUGUAGUCUUGAUUUAGUUUUUACAUUCAUGAGUAAAUGAGUCCUUACAACUGGAAUGAUAAUAGUAAUAGUAUUGAUGAUGAUUAUAAUAAUGACAAUAAUAAUAUGUUUAUCAUAAUGGUUUCAGGGGGACAUUCUCUACUGUGUUUGUCCUUCAUUUUUAUGUCAUUUUGUCAAUGAAAUACUUGUUUUCACACCACCUUCCUUAUACCAAUAGUGAUGUCUCUGGUUCGCAAACAAAAUGAUUUGCCAAACUACAGCGCCGUGAAAAGUUAUGUGCUCGACUUAAACAAGUUGACAAAUAUCAGACACAUUCAAUUAACAUGCUAAAAACAAGAGGGAAGGAGAGAAAAUGGAGCGAUAAGUAAUAAAUAAAUACACAGAGAUGAAAUGCAAAGAGUCAGAAACCCUGACUAUUGUCCUUGACCACAGGGAACCUAGAAACGAGGGUCGUACGUACGUAUGAAUACUUGAGUAAAGAAUGCAUGGUAAAAAAAAAUAUUAAAAAAUAAUUUUGUAUUAUUCUGUGUUUUAAUAGCAUUGUAUUGUUUAUGACACUAGACACUGUAUGUUGAAAUGUUGUAUUAAAAAAAAAAAAUAGUGUUUCCAGCCAA